GGGGACAGGCUGGCAACUAGACUAGAUGACAACACCGGAUUGAGGAAAUUGACGAGGGCAAACCAUGUGGGGAAAAAACAAACUUGUUUUUAAGCCGAUAUAACCAUGCAACCUCGUGUAUUAAGCCACUCCAUUCAAGCAGCGACGUCGUCAGCCCAGAACAGCUCUUCUGAACAUCCAAGGCACCCCGUGCUAAAUCUUAUCCAAAGAUGUAUUUUCUCCUUUUCACAGUCUUCUCCAUAUUCAUAGUGCGUAAUGUUGAGGCUUGGGGAGCAAGUGUCAAGUACGCGGUGAACUGCCCGGAGCGGUGCAAUGUGGAUCUGUGCGGCUUGACGCAGCGCUGCAGACGGACUGUGCUGGAUGACUGCGGUUGUUGUCAGGUCUGUGCGGCAGACAGAGGGGAACACUGCUAUCGCACUGUGUCUGGGAUGCACGGAGUCAAGUGCGGACCGGGAUUAUUCUGCGAGUUCUACAAAGAUGAGGACGACUAUGGAGAUGAAUAUGGCAUCUGCAAAGAUUGCAUGUAUGGAACCUAUGGGGUAGGGUGUGGUAAAACAUGCCAUUGCAAAGCUGGAGGUAUCUGUGACAGAGAGACAGGAGCCUGCCUCACCUUCAAAUUCUUCACCAAAAUCGCCAGCAAGCUGAAGACACAGCACCCCAAUGCAGGAGGUGAGAUUGGUUCAGGAGAUGACAGCACCAGUCUGAAUGGGGAACGAUCCACUGCUCCAAAGUGGUUAACACCUCGCUGACACUCAUUAUCAAGACUUAGUUUAUUCUGUGUAAAUGUAGAAAGCAUAGUAGUAAAUUAAAUGAUUGGAGGAUAUAUUUUAUUAUGUAUUAUUAAGAAAACACAUUUUCUACAAGAUGAUUGAAUGUUUUGAGCAUCUCUGUUGUGGUGUUUCUAUUUUGUACCAGUGCCCCAUCAUGUCAUAAGAGUUGUGUUGUACCAAACGAAGGGAGGUCAAAUGUACCAAAGUUCAAAUAUAUGUUUAUUCUACUUUUAUACAAAGUAUGAAUAUAUCUAGAAUGUCUAUGAUGACCUCUAUGACGAGCUAACAUUCUAGCAAUGCUGCAUUCACUUCUUCAUAAUUGAGAUCAUUUGGUUCAAUCAAAUUAUGUGAAAAUGUUGUGCUGAUAUGACAUGACCCCCCCAGGGAUAUAAAAUAAUAAAUAAUAUAUUGUCUCAUCCUUUUCUUCUAGAAGUAUCUACUGUGAUCUGUGCUUUUUAAUUGUUUGUUUGUUUGUUUGAUUGAUUGAUUGUUUGAUUGAUUGAUUGUUUGUUUGAUUGAUUGAUUGAUUGUUCUUUACUGAUAAUCUCUUAUUUUUCUUUCACCUGUGAUCACAUGGAUCAAUAUAUAUAUAUUAUAUAUUAUGUCAUAUCACCUGCCAAUGUACAGUAUGGUCUUACAAAUAAACCAAAGUUGACCUGGAAA